AUCAAGUUAGUAUACUCAUUUCUCUCAAAGCUAUCUGACCUAACCCUUAUUUAGGAUUAAAAUUUACAUUAGCAACAUGACUCAGAUUAUCCUCGUCAUUAUCUCCGUUCUAGUUUAUAUCUCCAAUUGUUCUGAACACCAGAAGAACCUGGUUGAUGAUGAACCACUUCCUGACUAUUACGCUAUUCUGAAGGUUAGUCACACUGCAAGUUUGAAAGAGAUCAAGAAGAGUUUCCGAAAGCUUGCGAUGCAGUUUCAUCCGGAUAAAAAUAAGGAUGAGGUGGCUCAGGACAUAUUCAAGGAAUUAAGUGAAGCAUAUUCUAUCCUAAGCAACGAAGAGAAGAAAUCUGAGUACGAUGAACUAUACAAGUUUGAUCAUCUUAAUCACGAAGACGACAUGUCUGAAAAAACCAACGACGACUUUCUCCCAACUAGAUUUGACGCGAAAACUGAAGAUCCCAAAACAGAAACUCCUGAACCAAAACCUAGUGCUAAUUUUUUCCAGGAGAAGGAUGAUACCUGGGGGGAUCUAGAUGAUGAAACCCUGUUCAAGGUUCUCAAGUUCCUGGCUGACAAUGAUUAUGAGAUUACGAAGAAGAAGAUCUACAAGGAUAUACCUGUACCAGAGGGCACAUAUCAGAACAGAAUGUUCGAAGAACAAUCUAGGAGUAAAAGGUCCUCUGAUUCAGAAUACAGAAACGAAGAGCCCCUAAGGUAUACUGGAUAUAACGAGUACAGAUCUAGCGGAGCUGAACCUAGGAUGUCUGGAGUAAAUUACUCUAGGUACACUGAACCUAUCCAUCGUUACUCCAGGUACUCUGAACCUACCCCUCGAUACUCCAGGUACUCUGAUCCUACGACUCCAGAUGAUCGGUCCUACUGUAGAACUACCGUGAGCUGGGAUGGAGCUACAAGGGUGACUCAAAAAAGCUGCUUCUAGAUCUGGAGAAUUUUAUUUCUUAUGUCUUAUUAAAUUAUUAUUUGACCUAGUCCUAAUAUGGACUUUUGACUUGUUAUUUUCUAAUAAAUAUUGUGAAUAAAAAUUUGUUCUUUUUC